AUGCUACAAAGAAAGAAAGCAAAAAAACAUCAAGUGCAAGUGGCUGCCGAAUGGAACCGGGCAUUAUUAUUCAGAAAGCAGCCGUACCCAUCACAGCCUCCACCCACCCUCAACUCUUCCGCCUCACCAUCACCCCCACCUCCCGCCCUCACCCCAUUAGCACCCACCUCCUUUCUCCCGGCCUGUUGCGUUCAGCCUCAAAGCCGUGCACACGGAGGGCGUCCGCCCCUGGAUAGCAAGGCUCGGCUCGGCUGUGGGAGGCUGGUACUGGACGAAGCGGCCCCGGGACCUCCCGCCGAGGUGAGGCGCCCGCCCCCAGUGGAGCACCUUGUGCAGGGUGCACAGUCUCGGCCGUGCAGGGUGCACCGUCUCAGCCCCGCGCCGCUCCCAGCGGCACCGCCAGCGCGCGCGGGACAGGCGAGGGCACGCCCAGCCCCGGGCCUGCUGGGUCUCGCUCCUCGGAGAGGAGGCGCCGUCCGCAGAUUUGUCAAGGCCAAAGGGCUGCUACGCGGCGAGAGGGCGGGGAGAACCUGGGACGGGAAUUCACCCCCUGCGGACCCUUUUUCUUCCUCUCAUUUCGCCCCUUUUAAGUCGCCUCCAGUUUUCCCGGAUCCCAGAGGCCCGCCCGGGACAAGCCUGAUGAUUAAAGCCCUGACACUUCGCCGGCGCUCCCUGGGUAGCCACCACUCACACCCCGGGAGCGCGUCCAGGUUUGGAGACUCCCGCCUUCUGGCUAGAACGACUGUCUCCACAUUAAAGAGCCCCGGAGGAGCUGCGAUCAGAGAUUUUUAUAUCAUGGAUACUGAACCUUUCUUGGUCAUGUGUGCUGCAAAUGUCUUUUCCCAGAACAGGAAUCAGCAAACUGCAGCCCAUGGGCCAGAUUCGGCCUAUCACCUGUUUACCUGGAUGCAGAGACCAAGUGACCUUGGCAGCUACCUGUUGAAGAUGGCAGAGCCUCACGAUGGAAGGAGCCUGGGUCUCUGAUUGGUUGGAACUGGAAGCAUCCUACCUGCCAGUCAGGAGCAUCCAUUUUGGAAUUAACAUGAGCAUAAAUAGACUUCUCUCAUGUUUGAACUAUUGCAUAUUUUGGCAUUUAUUUGUCACAGCUGGUAUAAAACAAAUCAUAGCAAAAUCCAGCAUAUAGGCUGACAUUCAUUGCUGGAACAAGCUUUUGUUAUAAGCAAUAGUUUUAUAGGGCAUAUAGCAAUCCCCCUAAAUUCAAACCAUGUAGAACAACCCAUGUUAUUUAAAUAAACUGCCUAAUAUAGGCAGAAUAUGUGGAGAUCUUCCAGGAGUAAGGGGAUUGCUCUGGGUGAACUUAAUUUGAAAAGGCUCUUCAGAAAUGUGAAUCAUGAACAGCAUAUUGAAGGAUGGAGGUGACUGUUAUAGUAAGGAGAAAAAGUGGGCACUAAUAGAGGAGGAAUAGCCUCACUAUUUUUAAACAUUGAGGACCAAUAGCCUUUGAUUGUUAUCUAUGGAGUAACCUACACUUUUUGAAGGGGAUGUGAGAUUCCAACAUAUCUGCUGCCUCUGCUACCAUCAGCCUGAUAUCCUGGGAAUUCUGUUCUGGUUGUGUGAUGUGUCUGCCUUGGUAGGACCACAACAAGGGCAAUUGAUUUAAAGACUCAAAGUUGUCAAGCAGAUGUCUGUGCUCUGUGGUUAAUGGAUUAAAUAGCUUGCCUUGAAAAGACCCAGGUUCCCUGUCUCAGCAACAUGGAAACUUCCAACACAAGAUGAGCUCACAAGCCAGGGUGGGCCUGGUGGACAGUCCUGACUUCUAGCCCAGGUCAGCAGCUUGUGGGGUCCUCCUCUCUUCCCCUGAGCAAGGGUAAAGGAAGAUUUAUCAAACCUUUUAAGUACAUCUUUUUUUGACCCACCUAUUACAGAUAAUGCUUUUUUCUUAAGAAAAAAAAACAACAACCAAAAAGCAAGGUAAUUAAGGCAUUAGCAGGUGACCAUGAUGCUAAGAGUAGAGAAAAUUCCCAAUCCAAGCAUUUUGCCUGCCCUGCUGAAAGGAGGACAUCUACCUGAUGAACUUUUCAUUGGGACAGUCUUCAGGGUUGAAUACCAUGGGGUCUGCUGUUCACACGGAGUAAAACGAAUGGCACUGGGGAUGAACAUGGGGUGGUACUUAGUGUCAUGGGAAAUGUGGGCAAAAUAGAGCAGUGUUGGCUUUGGGGGCUUAAUGCAUAUUUAUUGAAAUCUUGGCAUGGAGAACUUGGGCACAUUACAGACUUACCACGUCUUCAUUUUCUCUCUGUAAGAGAAAAUUCUCUGCUGACUUAGGAAAAAAAAGUAUUGUUUUGAGGGCUGCUGGGUAACAGCAAAAAUCAGGAUAAUUUGGGAGCAUUGCGGCUACCUGGCCCACAUUCCCUUGCCCCUUAUUUAUUUACCUAGAUCUUUCUCUUACUUUUUUGUUAUUGUUAUUAUUUUCUCUUUUUAUUUCUGGAUUCAUUAUUCUUUACUCUUUCCAUCAUGUGCUGUUUAUUCCUGGUUAUCCUGUGUAUCUUAAAGGUGAGCUAGAAAACUGUCUUGCCCGUGUUGGAUGCUCAGUAAAUUUUUGUUGAAUGCAACUGUAUUAUAAAAGUGUUCAUGGUGAUUGCUUAUGAAUCACGUUUCGUUGAAUGGUGUGCAAGGCAUCCAAAUUUUUAUCUAUAACAAAUAAGCUGGAAUAAAGAUCUGGCAAGCCAUUGGACUACUCCCCUAGUUUUCCUUUAUUGUCUGACAACACACUAUAGAAGCUUAAACAGGUUGUUACACACC